AUGGUAUAUGGCUACACUGCAUCUCAGAGGCCAUACUACAGGCGCAGCGAAGUGGUUCUCCACCAUCAGGUGGCGCCAGUGUCUUAUCAGUCAACCAGUGUUCGGGAGCUCAGGAACCAGGCUUCAGAGCUACCUAGGCCUCGUCAACUUCUACUGAAGUUUCCUGCCGACCCUGUCGAUCUUCUGCAUCGAGAGGGUCAGCAGUGGGUCUGGAAGAAGGAGCAGGACGUGGCCCUCCAGCGCAGUAAGGAAAUAAUCACCAAGGCACCAGUGCUGGUGCCUGCUGCUGUUGCAGAGCCUGCAGAAGUGUUCAUGCCGGAGCACGCGUACCUGGAGCCAUUCUUCAGAUCUGCAGUGUCACAGGCGACCAGCCGGGACCGAGUCCUGUCCCAGGCGGACACAUCGCAUGGAACCAGGGCGGCUUGGGCUGCACUAGAUGCCGGGACUCAGAAGCUCCUCAUACAAGACGGAAAACCACAGAAAGCGGACUUUUCCUCCGAAUCCAAAUACGUUCCCGUCGCGUGGGGGACCUUUAGGAAUGACAUCAACGAAACAGGGUGGUCGUACCUCCAGAUUGAAUCCAACGAACGGGUUCCAGACGAGCUCCAAGCUUACGCUGCCGGUGCUGUCGAGGCGCACCUUACGCGGCAGCUGAUGGAGUACCACUGGAUAAAUAUGUUCGGACGGUACUGCGAAGACCAGGCAACGUACUGUGACAAGCUCGCGCAGUUCUUCACAGAAAACUUGAAGUAUUCUCAAGAGCAACAGCACCUUCUAAGGAAGAAUGACUCCUUCUGGAACAUGGUGCAUCUUCAAAUGAAGCAGCUGGCAGGCCUCAGCGAUGCCUUCGAAAACAAGCAGCUUGAUUUUUCCAGUGAAAUUUCCAGUGUUUCAAGAAUGGUGUACCUCAACGCCCUCGCAGACAUUCAAGACUUCGAAAAUGUUUUGGGACGAACGCCAAACUUAUACUCUAUCGAUAGGAUACUAGCCUGCUCAGCACUUGUCAAGAUCAUCGGCGACUUCGAGGACCUCUACUUCGCCCACACCACCUGGUUCCUCUAUAGGGCGAUGCUACGCGUGCAGAAGAAGUACAUUUUGCCAUGGCACCAAACAGCUUCAAGGACUACACCGGGUGAGCGAAAGCACGCAAUCACGGAGACACAGCUAUUAAACGAGAAUACGGAUCUGAACAAGCUGGUGACUCCCACUGGCGUGGUCAUGGGCUGGAUUCGUGCAGCUGUGGCCUCUCGCCUCUCCACAACCGGUGAAGAGUGGGCGCGCACCAUGUCUAAGGAAAACAGUGGCACGGCGAACAGCCAAAAGCUUGUUUUAGACUAUAAGCUUUUCCGUCCAGGAGCGCCUAUUGCCAACGGAACAUUCUGGAUGCACGAACAAAUGCCAGGAAUUGUGCAUUACGAAGACCUCAGUGCACGAUUACGUGAGCAAAAAUACUGGGCCGGCUACAACGUGCCCUAUUUCGAGGACAUAUUUACGAUCUCCGGUCAACCGGCCAAAGUGGAAGGGUAUGGUGACUACUACACACACGAGAACUGCCCUCGCGCAAAGUUGUUCAGAAGAGACCACACCAAACUAAAGGACUUGGAUUCUGUUACCGCUUACAUGAGGUACAACGAUUACAAGAACGACCCUUUGUCACGCUGCAACUGCACGCCGCCAUACAAUCCUGUGUUUGCCAUCUCAGCGCGCCAUGACCUACUUUGCCCGUCGGGGAAGUACGACGCGCCAGGAAUGAAUCGACGGGCUGUUGGCGGUAUCGAUACAAAGGUGACAAACCAGGAUCUUUUCGCGUCAUCAGAGUUUGUUGCUAUCAGUGGACCAACAUGGGAAAUGCUGCCUCCUUUUCAAUGGAGCACCAGCGGGCUGCCAGAUAUCCACGUCGGCCAUCCUGACAAGUGGCAGUUCGGACCCGUUCAUCAUAAGUGGAACGAGUGACGAGCGGCCACACCAGCACAUCACAGAACCUGAGGAUAGGUGGAAUUCUUCGUGUUUUGUCGUCUCUUCAAACCCAGUAACUGGAACAGUGUAUUCCUCCAAUAAACGCCCAUGUUU